AUGAAUCCACCCUUGUCCCUACAGCCCAUCCCCACCAGUCCCAACAGUGACUCCAACACCCCACCCAACAGCAUGGGGACCAUGGGGAUGUCCUCUACGCUGGACAGUGGCCAUGACGUCUUCAUCUUGUCCCCAGUCUCUGGCCUUUAUGGACACAGGUGAGCCAUACAUACAGCUACUGUUCACUUCACUGUUUAGUCCUGUAGUACCUGACUGAUCUUCUCCAUAACCAUACCUGUCAAUCACAGAGACGAGAUAGGUAUCAUGUCCUGCGAUGACAUCAACAAGUACAGUCUGGAGAAGAUGGGUAUGAAGGGUUCGGAGUCUCCCAGCUUCUACCUGGACCAUGAUGGGGGAAAGUACUUCACGUUGGUGGAGGAGGACUGUCUGGCCCUGGGGCAGGAGUACGAGACCAGGGGCCGCUCCACGGGGGUCAGGCGGAGGGACAGGACACCCACCCAUGGUGAGUCACACAGCCCAGAUAUGUAGCACUACCAACAAACCACCCUUUUCCCUCUGGGCAGUAGUGUAAUGUUAGAGGAGCAUUGAAGGGUGGAAUUCCAGGCAAGGCGGGUAGCUCCCCUCGCCUGCCUUCAUUUAAGCUCAUUAUCAUACAGUGUAUCCAGCUGUGAAUGGCACGUGGAGAACGUACAGUAAAGCCCCAUGGCAAUUGCUAUGCAUAGAAGAGAUUAUUAUUAUGCACCCCAGCGUAUUUAUGUUUCACAUAAACCUCUCCCUCUUACAGUCCAGUCCAGCCCCACCCCACCCCCACCCCCACCCCCACAGUCAGACGGCCCCUUCCCCUGUCAUUUCCCCUUCAUCAUCAUCAGCACUGCAGCUGUAGGAUGGCCAGCAGCAGGAUGAAUAUUCUACAUGCCACCUCUGUCUGCACUUUACAUAAUGAGCUCAUUCACAUUACUGCAUGGGAUGACUCUGGAAUCUUUUGUGAGUGACACACUGUCUGCCAACACUGAGACAAGGAAAGGAGGCCUUUGCCAGCCGUUGAUAAUGUACAGUAUUCUAUUCGUCCAUCUGACAGAGAGAUGGCGAUGCAUUGUUUCAGCCCCCUCCUGGCUGUUGAGGCUCUGUUGAGGCUCAGUUUGUCGUGUAUUGUACAGUGUGUAGUGGUGCAGGGAUAAAUCCCUUUGGCUCUGCCAGACGGAGUGUUUUUCAUGUUAACAGCCUGCCAGGGAAGUGAGGGUGGAUUGCUUCCAAGCUCAUAAUGGCUCCAAGCAGGGUAUGCUCCGCUCAUCCCAGUCUGUGGAGGCACCAUGUGCCAUGACAAGGCUCCAUCACAGACUCUCAUGCUCACACUUUCACACACGUGCAACAAGCCUACCAUUUUCCCUUCACUCUAAAGAUGACUUAUUUUCAACUGGAUUCCCAUGCUAUCACCUACUCCUCUUAUACCCCUUACUGCCCUGCCUGCACUUUAACCUCUGUCAUGCAGACAUCCACCCACGCACAGCCACUCCUCUCUCACCAUCUCUCUCCACCACCCUCUCCUAUCCCUCUCAGUGAGACAGCCCCCCCCCGUCUUCCCUCAGCUCCUAGCUCUCUCUCCACUCACACCUCAGCUGACAUGCUACUUGGACUUCUUUCCAGGUGACCUCAGGCCAGUUUCCAUGCCAACGGAUUACAACUGGAUGGCAGAGACAAAGGAGCCAAAUAUGUACAAGAGAGGUAGCAGAGGUGGGUCCUUCAGUUCAGGUAGUCUCCCCAGUCCCCCCCUUAAAUGCUUUGACUUAGAGAAGGAAAUAGCUUUUGCUUCACUGCGUCUGCAAAGUACAGACGCACAAUGAGGACCAAUCACAGUCCCCACUUUCAAUAACACAUGACUAAUCGUCUGCUUCUUUGGUAACCUUUUAUUAAUUUCACUGGAACUGCCACACAUACACUGGUUUCUUUAGACAUUACCACAGAAUCUUGACAGAAACAUGAUUGCGCAUUUAGAACUCUUUUCAUGAAGCUAUCACAAGAAGCUCAAUCAAUUUUAUUUGAACAAAAUUAGAUUCAAUCAGCUAAAUAGAGACAACAUCUUCAUGUCAGGCAUUAAUUCAGUUGAAAACCUAAUCUUUGUUUUGCACGUGGCUGAUUUCAGUGUUGUUUAGGUUCGUGAGACUAUGUAUAGCAGUUAUGUUGAGUGGGCUGUAGUGAUAGCAUCUCACUCACAUGACUUGUGUUAUAAAUAGCAAGUGCAAAAACAUAUCUGCCUCCCUCUGCUCUGAAACCACACACUGUUGGGGCUUGCCCUCACUGAUGGGAGGUCACGUAACAGAGGUUGGUUUCUGUGGAAACAUGCUGGUCUGUGAGAAUGGGAAACAUUACCUCAGGACUGCUCUCACUUUGACUUUCUUUUCCAUUCCAAAUGUUGUUUCACUAAACCCUUGGUAAGAGUUUGUUUUGCCGUCAAGCAUUUGAAUGUGAUAGGCACUCUGGGCCUCCUAAUUAACAAAUAAUUACCUCUCUAGGCUUCCAAAUAACACAACUUUGCACCCUCUUUCUCUCCCUCCCUGACCUCUGCUAGAUUCAGACAACUCCCUGCUACGUUACCUGAAUGACGACAAGAUCCUAGUAAUCCAGGAGGAGCCGGACGUGUCCAGGGAAUGCAAGCGGGACACUGGGCGGCGUUCCCGCAAGAAGAGCCACAACCCCAGCAGUCCCAGCUAUCCCAUCAGCCCAUCCCUGCUGGCCCCGCCUGUCAGACUGGAUUCAGGACCCCCAGAGGGCCUGCCCUUCUCACUGCCUGAGAGCAACACUGUGCCAAUGUACCAC